GCUGCGUAGUGAUGUAACCGCGCUGUUAACUGGUAUUUUUGAAAGUGAGUGAAUAACGUUGGUUAGGCAGUAGUCGCUCUCCCCGCGUCUGUGGUGUGUCGCAUAACCAUUCAAUACAAAAGGGGGCCAUGGAGCUGACUGAUGCUAACCUUCAAACUCUCACAGAGUUUCUGCGGAAAACAUUAGACCCCGAUCCAGCUGUCAGGCGUCCAGCCGAGAAAUAUUUGGAGUCGGUGGAGGUGAGCCAGAACUACCCAAUCCUGCUACUCACGCUCCUGGAGAAAUCUCACGACAACGUGAUCCGUGUGUGCGCCGCUGUGACAUUCAAGAACUACAUCAAGAGGAACUGGCGCAUUGUAGAGGAUGAACCAAACAAAAUCUCCGAGCUGGACCGAACUGCCAUCAAAGCCAACAUUGUCAAUUUGAUGCUGAGCAGUCCAGAGCAAAUUCAGAAACAGCUGAGCGAUGCCAUCAGUAUCAUCGGCAGAGAGGAUUUCCCACAGAAGUGGCCCGACCUGCUGACUGAGAUGGUGACCCGCUUCCGCAGCGGUGACUUCCACAUCAUCAACGGGGUCCUGCGCACUGCUCACUCCCUCUUCAAGAGGUAUCGUCACGAGUUCAAGUCUAAUGAGCUGUGGCUGGAGAUUAAGCUGGUCCUGGAGACAUUCGCUCAACCACUGACAGAGCUGUUCAAAGCAACCAUCGAGUUGUGCCAUAACCACUCCACAGACGUCAACGCCCUGAAGGUCCUCUUCUCCUCCCUCACGCUCAUCUCUAAACUCUUCUACAGUCUCAACUUCCAAGAUCUUCCAGAAUUCUUUGAAGACAACAUGGAAACCUGGAUGACAAAUUUUCACAAUUUACUGACUUUAGAUAACAAGCUUCUCCAAACGGAUGAUGAAGAGGAGGCGGGUCUGCUGGAGCUGCUGAAGUCUCAGAUCUGUGAUAACGCUGCCCUCUACGCUCAGAAGUACGAUGAAGAGUUCCAGCCGUACCUGCCCAGAUUCGUGACUGCCAUCUGGAACCUUCUGGUCACCACUGGGCAGGAGGUCAAGUACGACUUGCUUGUGAGCAAUGCCAUCCAGUUCCUGGCUUCAGUGUGCGAGAGGCCACAUUACAAGCACCUGUUUGAGGACCAGAACACGCUGACCAGCAUCUGUGAGAAGGUCAUCGUUCCCAACAUGGAGUUCAGGAGUGCUGAUGAGGAGGCUUUUGAGGACAACUCUGAAGAGUACAUCAGGAGAGACCUGGAGGGCUCAGACAUCGACACGCGGCGCAGGGCAGCCUGUGACUUGGUGCGUGGCCUGUGCAAGUUUUUUGAGGGCCCGGUCACCGGAAUAUUCUCUGGUUACGUCAACUCCAUGCUGGUGGAGUACGCCAAGAACCCUGGGGUGAACUGGAAGCACAAGGAUGCCGCCAUCUACCUGGUGACAUCACUGGCCUCCAAAGCCCAGACACAGAAGCAUGGGAUAACACAAGCCAAUGAGCUGGUGAAUCUGACAGAAUUCUUCGUGAACCACAUCCUCACAGACUUGAAGUCACCUAACAUCAAUGAAUUUCCAGUAUUGAAGGCAGACGCCAUCAAAUAUGUGAUGAUUUUUAGGAAUCAGCUCCCCAAAGAGCAGCUCCUCCAGGCUGUCCCCCUGCUGAUCGUUCACCUGCAGGCUGAGAGCACCGUGGAGCACACUUACGCUGCCCACGCCCUAGAGAGGCUUUUCACCAUGAGGGGCGCCAACACGGCUACACUCAUCACCCCAGCUGAAAUGGCCCCCUUCACAGAGCAAAUGCUCACCAACCUGUUCAAGGCCCUCGCCCUGCCUGGAUCCUCCGAGAAUGAGUACAUCAUGAAAGCGAUCAUGCGCAGCUUCUCCCUACUGCAGGAGGCCAUCGUGCAUUACGUCCCCACUCUGAUCGGCCAGCUCACUCACAAACUCCUGCUGGUCAGCAAGAACCCCAGCAAGCCGCACUUUAACCAUUACCUGUUUGAGUCGCUGUGCCUGUCCAUCAGGAUCACCUGCAAGGCCAACCCCGCCACCGUGGGCAGCUUUGAGGAGGCUCUCUUCCCCGUGUUCACGGAGAUCCUGCAGAACGACGUGCAGGAGUUUGUGCCGUACGUGUUCCAGGUGAUGUCACUACUGCUGGAGAUUCACUCGGACUCCAUCCCGGCCUCCUACAUGGCCCUGUUCCCCCACCUCCUGCAGCCCGUGCUGUGGGAACGCACUGGGAACAUCCCCCCGCUGGUGCGCCUGCUGCAGGCCUACCUGGAGAAAGGGGGUGUCUCCAUCGCUGCUACCGCCUCCGACAAGAUUCCUGGUCUUCUUGGCGUGUUCCAGAAGCUUAUCGCCUCCAAAACCAAUGACCACCAGGGCUUCUACCUGCUCAACAGCAUCAUCGAGCACAUGCCGUCGGAGUCCAUCACUCAGUACAGGAAACAGAUCUUCAUUCUGCUCUUCCAGAGACUGCAGAGCUCCAAAACCACAAAGUUCAUUAAGAGUUUCCUGGUGUUUAUCAACCUUUACUGUGUGAAGUAUGGAGCAAUCGCACUGCAGGAGAUAUUUGACAGCAUACAGCCGAAGAUGUUCAGCAUGGUGCUAGAAAAGAUCGUCAUUCCAGAAGUGCAGAAGGUCUCUGGCCCGGUGGAGAAGAAGAUCUGCGCUGUGGGCAUCACAAAAGUGCUGACUGAGUGUCCAGCCAUGAUGGACACGGAGUACACCAAGCUCUGGACUCCUCUGCUGCAGGCUCUGAUUGGCCUCUUUGAGCUGCCGCAGGACGACAGCAUCCCUGACGACGAGCACUUCAUCGACAUCGAGGACACCCCCGGAUACCAGACCGCCUUCGCUCAGCUCGCGUUUGCUGGGAAGAAGGAGCACGACCCCAUUGGAGACGCUGUCAUCAACCCCAAAAUUCUGCUAGCCCAGUCCCUGCACAAGCUAUCCACUGCAUGCCCGGGACGGGUCCCUUCCAUGUUGAGCACCAACCUGAAUGCUGAGGCCCUGCAGUACCUUCAGGGCUACCUGCAGGCUGCCAGUGUGCAGCUGGUGUAAGAGCAGAAGGAGGAGCAGGACCCCAUGCAACGGGGACCUCGUGACGGAGAGAGGCAAAGCGCUGUGUCACUUGGGAGAGGCCAGGGCUGAACGGGAUGCGUGAUCGACCGACUGACUGACCAAACUCAGAAACCACAAUCAUGGUUCACUAGGUUUCAUUUGAACUGUGUAUUUUUAAGGUUUUUAAAUUCAAUUGAUUGUUUAACAAAAAAAAAUACGCAAGAAGGAAGCAGUGACUUUCUUCCAAAAAAAGCUUAAACCUUCAUCAGUUUCUCAAAGUGCAGCUGUCUUUGUGCUCCUGAUUUGGCUGUCAAAUUAGAUUAAAUUUGAAAGGGGGCUAAUGUGACAGAGCAGCAAUCAAUGCACACUCAAGACCUUAGUGAGCUCCUAUGUUGCAAGUGGAUUCAUGUCAUCGCCUGUCCAUCUUAGCGUUGAAGCAGCACUUCGAAAAACUAAGCACAUCAACCCAUUUUCCCAAAGCUUUGGGAAAUGGUCCAGUAUUGACAAUGACAGCGACAGUGAAUUUUGGACUUGUUAGUCCCCUGGCCUAGAACUGUCCUGCACAGCUGUCUGCAGAACUACUGGGAAUCUGUUCUUUGUAUGUUUCUCUUGUUAUUGUGAACAUCUGUUUUUCCCCAAUGGAGGGCUUUACUUGUGGAAAGCUUCUUAGCUGGGGAAGCAUUUCCCCUCCCUCAUCUCUGUUGCAUUCAGCUUCGAUAUACUGUCAUGUUUGUGUUUGUCUUAUUUUCUGCAGAUGUGAAUAAAUAAAAGCACUUGUAUGAA